CGAGCCCGUCCUGCGGGAGCCGAGCUGCGGCCGCGCUGCUGCGGGCCCCGGAGUCCGCGGCGCUGGCCCGGCCCGGCCACGCCGAUUGUCAUGCAAUAGAGGCAGCCCGGUCCCGGACCCCGCGCCGCGCCUCCGAGCUGGCGCCCGGCGGGUUCAGGGAGGCGGCGAGUUGGCGGGUCCUCGCUGGAGUCACUCCGGGCUCCGCCAGGCCGGGUCCCAGCGGACCGGCGGACGGUUUCCUCUGCGAGCACCACCGUGUCUUGCAUCCUCUCCCCAGCGGUCCUCCCCCGGCGGUCGUCCUCCUCUGUCUGGGAGAUACCGUCAAAUUAAUUUUCCCAGUUAAAAACUUAAAAGCUUAUUAGARCCCCGCCGUGCCCCGGCACCGCACGGUUUGCAAAGUGAAUAGAACGUGGUCCCAGCGCCCGGGACGCGUCAGCUCCAGGAUCCAGAUGAACGCAGACUCGGAGUCGAGUUUGGAGAACUCAGAGUUUGGCUCCGGUUAUCAUGAUUUUAGAGCUCUAGACUUUGGGAUCCUUGAGGCUAUUCAGCUAUGCACUUUUGAAUAUCCUCUCACCAUAUUCAACAUAACGUUCUUAAUGAUUAUCCUCAGCAGGACAGGUGUGAGAGGAUUGCUAUUGUACUACAAUCAUGGUGCAAAAAUACCAGUCACCAGUGAGGGUGUAUAAACACCCCUUUGAAUUAAUUAUGGCUGCCUAUGAAAGGAGGUUCCCUACCUGUCCGCUGAUUCCCAUGUUUGUGGACAGUGACACUGUGAAUGAAUUCAAGAGCGAAGACGGGGCCAUUCACGUCAUUGAAAGGCGCUGCAAGCUGGACAUAGACGCACCCCGGCUGUUGAAGAAGAUUGCAGGAGUUGAUUAUGUUUAUUUUGUCCAGAAAAACUCUCUCAAUUCUCGGGAGCGCACUCUGCACAUUGAGGCCCAUAAUGAAACGUUUUCCAAUCGGGUCAUCAUUAACGAGCACUGCUGCUACACCGUUCACCCUGAGAACGAAGACUGGACCUGUUUUGAACAGUCUGCAAGUUUAGAUAUCAAAUCUUUCUUUGGUUUUGAAAGUACAGUGGAAAAAAUUGCCAUGAAACAGUAUACCAGCAACAUUAAAAAAGGGAAGGAAAUCAUUGAGUACUACCUUCGUCAGCUUGAAGAAGAGGGCAUCACCUUCGUGCCGCGCUGGACCCCACCUUCCAUCGGGCCUUCUUCAGAGACGUCCUCGUCCAGCAAGAGUCAGGUGGCCUCCACGGCUGUUGUGGUCCCAGAGGCUGCCCUCAAGGAGGGGCUGAAUGGAGAGGUCCUCAGCAACCCUGGAGGGACCCCUGAGCCCACGGUGGGAACCCCUGAUGACAAACUCGAUGCCGAUUACAUCAAGAGGUAUCUGGGUGACCUGACCCCACUCCAGGAGAGCUGCCUUAUCAGGCUUCGCCAGUGGCUCCAGGAAACCCACAAGGGCAAGAUCCCAAAGGAUGAGCAUAUUCUUCGGUUCCUACGCGCUCGGGAUUUUAACAUCGACAAGGCCAGAGAGAUCAUGUGUCAGUCUUUAACAUGGCGGAAGCAGCACCAGGUGGACUACAUCCUGGACACCUGGACCCCACCCCAGGUGCUUCAGGAUUACUACGCGGGAGGAUGGCACCAUCACGACAAAGACGGACGGCCUCUCUACGUGCUCAGGCUGGGGCAGAUGGACACCAAGGGCUUGGUACGAGCCCUGGGUGAGGAAGCCCUGCUGCGAUACGUUCUCUCCAUAAACGAAGAGGGCCUGAGGCGUUGUGAAGAGAACACGAAGGUCUUCGGCCGGCCCAUCAGUUCCUGGACCUGCCUGGUGGACCUGGAGGGGCUGAACAUGCGCCACUUGUGGAGACCUGGCGUCAAAGCCCUGCUGCGAAUCAUCGAAGUGGUGGAGGCCAAUUACCCAGAGACGCUGGGCCGCCUUCUCAUCCUCCGGGCACCCAGGGUCUUCCCUGUUCUCUGGACGCUGGUCAGUCCAUUCAUUGAUGACAACACCAGAAGGAAGUUCCUCAUUUACGCAGGAAAUGACUACCAGGGCCCCGGCGGCCUGCUGGACUACAUCGACAGAGAGAUCAUUCCAGAUUUCCUGAGCGGGGAGUGCAUGUGUGAAGUGCCAGAGGGUGGACUGGUCCCCAAAUCUCUGUAUAGGACUGCGGAGGAGCUGGAAAACGAAGACCUGAAGCUCUGGACCGAGACCAUCUACCAGUCUGCAAGUGUGUUCAAAGGAGCCCCUCACGAGAUUCUCAUUCAGAUUGUGGAUGCUGCUUCUGUGAUCACUUGGGAUUUUGACGUGUGCAAAGGCGACAUUGUCUUUAAUAUCUAUCACUCCAAGAGGUCUCCGCAGCCCCCCAAGAAGGACUCCCUGGGGGCCCACAGCAUCACCUCUCCAGGCGGGAACAACGUGCAGCUCAUAGACAAGGUCUGGCAGCUGGGCCGCGACUACAGCAUGGUGGAGUCGCCCCUGAUUUGCAAAGAAGGAGAAAGUGUGCAGGGCUCUCAUGUGACCAGGUGGCCAGGCUUCUACAUCCUGCAGUGGAAGUUCCACAGCAUGCCGGCGUGUGCGGCUACCAACCUGCCCCGGGUGGACGACGUGCUGGCCUCCCUGCAGGUGUCCUCACACAAGUGCAAAGUGAUGUACUACACAGAAGUGAUCGGCUCCGAGGACUUCAGAGGCUCGAUGACCAGCCUGGAGUCCAGCCACAGUGGCUUUUCCCAGCUGAGCGCCACCACCACCACCUCCAGCCAGUCUCACUCCAGCUCCAUGAUUUCCAGAUGGCAAUUUUGCUGACAGCUGCCAAGAAAGUGCUUCACUCACCCGUCCACACGUGCCCAGAGGUGUUUCUAGAGCAUUUGACUUGCAGCCAUGCCCCACCCCAGGCUGAAGACGCGUUCCUUUUAGUUGGUUCAGAAGUGGAACUCUUUUAUCCCCAGAGAGCUGACUGUGUCUCUGAGACUUGAGAGCAGCAUGGGACUGCACGGUGCCCGAGGCCCUCGGGAGCGUGGUGGCCCUCGGGAGCAUGGGGCCCCUCGUCUUGUGAGGGAUCGGGCACAGGGUUCCCUGUGCAGCUGCGCGUCUCUCGACGUCUCGUGCCCUGCCGCUCUUGAAAUGCUGCUGUCAUCUCCCUUUGACGCUCCAAUGAUUCUGUUGGUUCUUCCUUCUAUUACUAGUGUCUUAAUUCACUUUCCUAAAUCCAUUAUUUGCAUAUCAGAAUUCCCUAAAUGUUUUGUAAACAUAUUACCUCACUCUUGGUAAUACAAUACUGAUAGUCUUUAAAAGAUUUUUUUAUUGUUACCAAUAAUAAAUGUG